AUGACGCUGGUGUCGCAGAUGGAUCAAUGCGACUUGCGAGGCGUUAUUUCCUCUUUGGAGGCCUUCGCCUCCCAAUUCACUUCUCUGGAAGCUGACAAGGCUCGGCUACAAGAGGAAGUCAAAUCUUCCUCCUUGAAAUUGGAUGGCGCAGUCAAGAUAGCUGCUGAGGCUUGCCAAGAGGUUGACUCUCUGAAGGUGGAACUGGGCAAGCUGAAAGAGAAGUUGAAGGAGGAGGAAGCAUCCAGGCUGGUGGCUGAAGCUCGGGCAGCCGAAAAGGAUGAAGUCCUUCGUCAGUCUUCUUUGGCCUUGCUUGAAGCGGCGAAUAUCCCUGCUGAUGCCCUGGACAGGGUUCCAAACAACUCUCCAGCAAAUGCUAUGUCGAUGAUUCUUGCCUCUCACCAGCUUACGCGGGAGCUUCUUGUAAAGGGGAAGGGUGCCCUGGUGCGGAUGCACUCGAUGAUUUUCCCCAAGAUCAAGCAGGAGAAGACCCUGGGGCAGCUGGUCGAUGCCUUCGUGGUUGACACCAAGCAGGUUAUCGAGUCAUAG